AUGGCGCAGGCGCCGUCCGAACCUUACGACCCUUACCUCCCCCGCAAUGGCUCCUCAUCCAAUCCCGCUGGCGGGUCAAGUCAAGGUGGAAACCCUAAAACCGCAGCUAUCCAGCAACAAAUUGACGACACCGUCGGCAUUAUGAGGGAGAACAUCACAAAAGUCGCAGAACGUGGAGAAAGAUUGGACUCAUUACAGGAUAAGACAGACAACCUUGCUGUUUCGGCACAGGGCUUCCGUCGUGGUGCUAACCGAGUACGGAAGAACAUGUGGUGGAAAGACAUGAAGAUGCGCAUGAUCAUUGGCGUCGCGGUAGCAAUCAUCAUAAUCAUCAUCGUAGUCAGCAUUGUGAAGGCAACGCAUCACUAG